AUGCGUUUCGUUGUCCAAGCACUCCAACUGCUUCCUGCUAUUUUCUCCAUUGCCUUCUCCCAAGUCGUCUCGAACCCGCAACCUGAACCAUUCACUGAUUUCCUCAAUUAUAUCAUCUGGCACCCUGCCGCAGAUGCUGUGCAGUGGCAUACUCUUUAUGCGCGCUCCCUCCAGCUGCCAGAUGAGUCUCUUCUCAUAACCUGGGAAAACUACCCACUCGAACCACCACUAGUCAAUCACCCUAUCUUCAGGUCGGUUGAUGGUGGCUCGACUUGGUCCAACUAUUCUGCCGUGGAGGACCAAGUGAACGGCUGGGGCAUGCGCUUUCAACCCUUCCUAUACACCUUACCUGAGGAAUUUGGUGGAUAUGCUGCCGGAUCAAUUCUUGCCGCUGGUGUUUCUACCCCCUUCAGUCUCGUAGGGGGAGUGUACAUUGAUCUCUAUAUCAGCGUCGACAAUGCGAAAACCUGGAAAUUCCUCAGUCAUGUCGCGUAUGGAGCUGGCCCUGAAACUAUUACCAAUGGAGACGAUGCUAUUUGGGAGCCAUUUUUGAUGUUGUAUGACGGGAAGAUAGUUUGCUUUUUUUCCGACCAACGUGAUCCAGCCCAUAGCCAGAAACUCGUCCAUGUUACCACCACCGAUCUUCUCACAUGGUCCGCUGCUGUUCCUGACGUUGUUUAUUCCGCUCAGGGUGACCGCCCAGGGAUGACUACCGUCGCACAUAUUGAACCAACCGAUACCUACAUUUUGACUUACGAAUAUUGUGGAACCGCUGGAUGUGCCGUGCACUAUAAGAUUUCCCCCUCGCCGUUGGAGUUCGACUCCGUUGCAGGCAUUCCGUUAGUCUCAAACGACACGCAUCCUAUUACUCCGUAUGGGUCUCCAUAUGUAAUUUGGACGCCCAAUCCUAAUCGUGACGACGGUUCUGGACUGAUUAUUGUCAGUUCCGGUAGCCAGGAAGUGGUAUUUGUCAACGAGGAUGCGGCAGAUGCAGAUGGUUGGAAAUCUGUGAAUAUGGGCAUGUGGUCCGCCUACUCUCGCUCAUUGAGAAUCGUCACCAUUAAAGGAGCUAAAAAGUUGUUGUUUGCGAAUGGAGGCAAUAUGGGCGAUCCUAAUAACAACUCAAUUGCUUGUGGCGUGGUUGAGAUACCAACGUGA